AUGCAACUCUUGUAUGAAACCUACUUAAAAUUUCUAUUGUUUUUUGUUUUUCUAUUUGUUAAGCAAUUGUCAUGGGCAGAAACUGGAACUAACCCUUUGACCAACAUUUCCUACGUAAAUUCUUUAGGGUAUCCAUUCAAAUAUCCUUAUCUUUCGUCUAAUGGUUUACCGGUGGAAACAAGCUUUAAAUUUCCUAGUCCUUUGCCUAGUAUGCCUUCCGAUGGUGGAAAUUUUGGCAAAAGAAGCAUUGAUAUGGGAGGUCUUGAGGUUACUCAAAUCUCUAUCUCAAACUCAACAUCACACAGAGUGUGGAGAACUUAUGAAGGAGGGCCGGAUAACAUGGGAGUCAGCAUCUUUGAACCAACUACUAUUCCUCGUAAUUUCUUCAAACUUGGCUUCUAUGCACAACCUAACAACCGACAGCUUUUUGGUUGGAUUCUUGUUGCAAAAGACGUAUCGGGAAGUAAUUUAAGACCACCAGUCGACUACACUGAAGUUGGAAACACUACAACAUUGCUUAUCAAACAAGAGGGGCCUGCAUAUUUUUGGCAGCCCCUAUGUCCUAAUGGAUAUCAUGCGGUUGGUCUAUAUGUCACUACUUCUCCUAUGAAGCCCUCUUUGGGACAAAAUUCUAUAAGCUGUGUUCGAUCUGAUCUCACAGAACAGAGUGAAGCCGAUACAUGGGUAUGGAGGAUAAAAGAUAUGACUAUUUCUAGUUUGAGACCGGCCACGAGAGGAGUAGAGGCGACAGGUGUGUUCACAGGGACAUUCAGCUGCAAACAACUAAACUUUCUUCCUCAUCCCCCUCCUUUAUUCUGCUUAAAAAAUACAAAAUUUGACUUGUCAAGCAUGCCAAGCGAAAAUCAAACUAGAGUUUUGUUUAAAACGUAUUCUCCUUGGAUAUAUUUACACCCAAAAGAAGAUUUCCUUCCUUCCUCUGUCAAUUGGGUUUUCGCUAACGGUGCCUUGCUACACAAGAAAGGAAACGAAUCCAUCCCGGUCCCGAUACAUCCAAAUGGUUCAAACCUUCCACAAGGAGGUUGCAAUGAUGACUUGUUUUGGUUAGAUUAUCUAGUCGAUAAAAAGGCUAGAGAAAAGGUUAAGAGGGGAGAUUUAGAGAGCACUAAGGUGUAUCUACACAUCAAACCAAUGUUUGGAGCUACUUUCACAGAUAUUGUAGUAUGGCUAUUCUUUCCCUAUAACGGAAAUGCACAUUUAAAAUUUUUGUUUAUCAAGAGCCUGUCGCUAGGAAAUAUUGGCGAGCAUGUUGGAGACUGGGAACACGUUACAUUACGCAUCAGCAACUUCAAUGGUGAGUUAUGGCGUGUUUACUUUUCUGAACACAGUGGAGGAACUUUAGUGGAUGCAUGCGAUCUAGAGUUCAUGCAAGGUGGAAACAAACCAGUAGUAUAUUCGUCUCUUCAUGGGCAUGCAAUGUUCUCCAAACCUGGAGUCGUGUUGCAAGGUGGCGGCAAAAGUGGAAUAAGGAACGACAUGGCAAGAAGCGACAAAUGCUUUGACGCAGGUAUUGGAUAUGAAGUGAUUGCGGGACCUGGCGUGGUUGAGCCACCGUGGCUGAAUUAUUUUAGGAAAUGGGGACCUCGAGUCCAUUACAGGAUUGACAUAUUUCUCAACUCUGUCGCAAAGAUUUUGCCCAUCUUUUUACGGAAAGGUUUGCGAAAACUCAUCAACAAAAUUCCUUUAGAAAUGCGGGGUCAAGAUGGUCCAACUGGUCCCAAAGUUAAGGUGACUUGGACCGGUGAUGAACAAUAUUCUUAG